GAGCUUCCUUCUUUGCGUGAGAGGCGUACGGUGACGCACAACGCAACACAGCCCUCACGCCCUCGCCCUUCUCCUAGUCGAACGUACGCUCUGACAGCGGUGUGUGUGUGUGUGCCGGCCGAGAGGGGGAUACCAGCAGCAACAACAAACGGCACAGCAGUGCAUUUUCUGUUGAUGAUCAACGACUGCCGACAACCUGCUCUUUCCUAAAAUAAUAGAAAAAAAAAUAAGAAGAAAGAAGAAGAACCGCUGCUUAAUUGUUGUCACUGCACCUCCCUCCCUCUCUACAUACCGGGAAGUCUGUAGCGGCUGCCAUGCGGAGAGCUCGUCAGAACUGGGCCGUCCAGCGGACACCGUGCCGCAUCGUAUUCGUCAACGUUUUGCUGGCAUCGGCACGAUGUCUUCUCAUCCAACCUUCCAGGCGAGCCGCCACCCCGUCAUCUGCACGUCUCGCAGCGGUGACGUCGUCUUUGGUGAACGAAAGAAGAGGUGCUUCUUCUCCACUACCUCACACCUGCACUCAACAUGAACAAACGCAUUCGAUUAAGAAUACCCAUAAGAGUCAUCACCGUGUUAAUGAGGAAGACAGCUCAGCAGAACAACCGUUUCGCACGCGCAGGGAAGCCGCCGCCGCGACAUCAUCGUCGUUUCGCGGUGAGCGUAGUAGACGGAGACCUGUGCGCGUACAUCGCUGCACGCGUGGCGGCGUGCGUGAUGGUCGUGUGGGGCGAGACGGCACAGCCACUACCGCCGCCGCCGCCUCCACCUCCACUGCCUUCCCCGCAAACAGGAACCACGGCAACCCCAGCAGCAGCAACAAUGCACCGACACCCCCCGCUGCUGCCGCUGCAUUUCACGCCUUUCUGCGGCAGCAAAACUGCCCUUACGUUCGUAGCUCGGCAGACGAGGCAGGCGGUGAGGAGCCGAACGCGCCUUCGCUUCCCCAUCGCUCUCUGCUUCAAAGCAGCGAGGCAGGGAGUGAAGUGGAGCGGUUGUCGUCGUGCGGACGCAGGGAGUCGUCCGGCGCGUCGCGCGAGGCACCCGCGCCUCCUCGUGCGGGAGCUCGGAGGCGGUGGAGCAGCAACGCGAGCGCGCUGGACGCUGCACCGGAUAGCGGGAGCCCCCAUGAGAAGUAUCAUGAAGAUGACGAUGCAAUGCGUACGUGGUGCCUCCGCCCUGCCACGGUGCGGCCCACCACAGCUGUUUCACAAGCACGGGCACCGCUUCCCACGUCGUCCUCGCGCACUGCGCAACAAGAGCAGCACAGGCGCGACGGUCCGCAGGACGCGCCACGGCAAAGGCGGCACGAGCUGGUGCGGCAGGCCGGUCUUGCGAUAGCGAAGCAGAUGUCAGGCCGGCAUCGACACGAGUACCGCCGCACUGCUUUGCAGUCCUAUCAGCUACUGAAGAAGAUGGAGGGAGAUUUGUUUUACUGGAGUCAGCAGCGUCGACAGCAACGCAGAGGCCGCAAUUACGAUGCCCCGCCGGCAGCAGCAGCAGCAGCGGCGGCGGCACCAUCACUGCGAGCCGCUAUCCAUGGUGGCGAUGGCAAGGAUGAGACGAACGUGGAUGCGGUCGAGGGCCGUUUGUUCGAGUACGCCGGGCAAGUCCAACGCACGCUGCAUCAGCUUACCCCACGACACUUCGAUGCUAUGCGUGGCUACCGCUUGCACCGCCCUUCGUCCGCGUCCUUGUCGUCGCAUCCAAAACAAGGAGCACCGCGACUCAUAUCUGAAAAAGGAAAAGAAGUGGACGAGGAUGCCGCGUCGGCCGCUGCACGACCGCCACUGUUUCUCCUUCGCCUGCUGUGGCGCCUGCUUCACAUAACGCGGCUUUUCUAUUCCAUUGGGCGACACGCCUCGCUGCCGCGCUCGGCGGUGCAUUCCUAUGUGCUGUCCGCGAAUUGCGCGUACGGCAUGCGAGAGGUUCUACGCGUGCUGGGCGAGGAGCUGGCGCUGGCGCCGUUAACGCUUGCCGCUCUUUCUUCUUCAUCCUCGUCAAUGCCUUCCUCCGCGGCGUCGGCGGUAUCGUUUUCACGAGAGGAGCUCUUUCAAGUGUUUUACGCCGCGCUCUGCAUCUCCAGCGAGGAGGUACCGAACGUCCCCGUCGCCGCUCCAGCGGCGUUCACUUCCAGCGACCACCGCACCGAUUUCCUUCUGCGUUUUCAGCGCGACUGCGCCGGCGCCGCUGCCGUGGCGGCCCGCAUGCCGGUGGACGAGUGGUGUGUGCGCUGGUGGUGCCACGUGUAUGCCCCGCACCACGCCGCUAGCGCACCCGAAAGGGAUGCUACGAACAACGACAACAAUCAGAAAAGUACAUCUUCGCUGACAACGGAGAAUGGAAUGGAUGACUUGCUGACACUGGGACAAGCCAUGGACGUCAUACGCGCCUCGUUGUACGCCACCACCAGCGUCGAGGUGACCACUGCUUCAUCAUCCUCAUCUUCGGCUUCCACGACGUCGUCACCGUGGGCGUACUUCGAAACCUUCCCACGUGGGGGAGCGGAAAGUCCGAGCAGCCGCCGCGGCACGCAACAGCGUGAACUCGAGCGGCGGUACCGCCCUCGUCUGAUUGGGGCGCUUGGUGGGGACCGAACGUUGCUGCGCAUCCCCUACCACCUCGGACAGCGGUUUGUCGCGGUGUUCUUACGGCAUAUCUUGUCGUCGUCCGCCGCCACUCGCACAACGUCUCCUGCUUCUUCUUCCUCGACGUCUUCGGCUGAUCCUUCCCAAAGUGUGUCAUCGAAGGAGGGAAAGGCGGAGGGAAGAUAUGAAAAGGUGAGCGGGUUUGAGGAGGUGACAUCCGCCUCAUCAUCAUCAUCAUCGUCUGCGUUUGUGCACGACGCAACCAGUGUGGAGGCCGCGCUGGGCCGCCUGCUGCACCGCCACGACCGCGACGCCGUACGCGACGUCGCGCUGCUGUGCACCGCUAUUCUCUACUUUGAGGUCUUCUCCGCGGACACGGCGGCCUUCAUGGCACACGCGGCGCCGCUCUGUCAGGCGCAAGUGGAGCUGCUGAGCGGGCACGAGAUCAGCUGCGUGUUGCUCGCCUACGCCUCGCUGCAGCGGUGGGAGGGACGUGCGAGUAAAAACGGUGGCGGGGCUCCCGCGGCGGCCGCAGGGACGCCUUCCACUAGCGGCGCAGGAAGAGUAUACAGGGAGGGCCGUACCAGACCGAGAGGUAGUGGCGGUCGCUGCUCCUCCAGCUCGAGCGGACACGGCCGCACCACAAUGGCCAACAACAACCCCAGCAGCGGCGACCAGGAUACAGGUACGACGGUGCACGUGCAGAGCGCUUCAUCCGCUUUAAAUGCCGGGCAACCCAGCCGCGCAGCGACGCCUUCGUCUUGCGUCUCCUCAGCGGAUGUACGCCGCGGCGAGAUGCGGAGCGCUGAGGUCGACGGGCGCCGCCCCGCGACCCGGUCGGAGUCACGCCGCCCGGCGGGGUGGGACGGGGUAGACUCGUCCGCUGCGUCGUCGUCGUCGAAGCGAACAACGCCACCGCCUCUUUCCCCCGCGGCAGCCUCUUCGUCGUGGCACGCAUUCUUCGUUACCUUGGGCUCUCGCGCCGGGCAGCUGGGUGACACGUUGAGUGAGGCGGACGUGACGCGGGUUCUGCGGGCGCUGGAGCUGGUGGGGCUUGAGCACGAGGACCUGCGCCGUGCGCUGGAGUCGUCGUUGCGCAUGCGUAACCUCGGCCGCAGGGUGCUGUACGAGACGUAG